AUGGGCUCUCCAGCUGGUGCCAAGAAUGAGCAAAACUACUGGGAGCUUGUGGAUGACUGUAGAUAUCCCAAUCUGCACGAGGUUCUACCAAAGAGUUUGAGACAUCUCAAGAUGGACAAAACCGACUGCAGUACGCCAGACUGCAAAGGCAUCGAACAAGCUCUGUGCAGCGCGCUACCUUCUUCGGAUGCUGGGAACGCCAUCCUCCUCUUGAACAGUGUCGAAUUUGUUUACAAUCGUAUGCACCACAAAACACCCCUAUCUAUGAACUUUUGGCGUAUCAAACACGCCUUCCAAAAAGCUGGUUGUAAAUUCGAGUACAAGCUUAGACUGAAUCCCGAGGACUUGAUGUGGAUCCAUCCCAAAUGCGCUAAAGGUAAUAUAGAACGUUAUGCUGAAAAGCUGGCUGAUGAGGGACCGGCCGGGAUACAUGUAGCUUUGCAUACCGGUAUUUCAGGGCUACCUGGGCAGGUCAUGGAGUUCCUAGGUCUUAGGAAUGAGUGGCUUGAUACAGAGGUAGCGAAGGAGGUUCUGUUUGGUGAGAAGGUUGAUGGUGAUGUACCUGGGCGAUGA